UAGCUUGGACUUGGUGUAUGGAACAGCAAUGCAUGUAUCUCAAGCAUUGAUUUGCAUUUCGUUUGGAUAUGCUUUUCAGUGUCCUAAAAUAUGAACAAAAAUACUGAAAUAAACGAACGAAACACAGUGAUGAUGGAGAACAGAGUCAGCUUACUCGAGAGCAACAAUGGCGAAGUCAUCCCUCGAAAGGCUCGGGCGACACUCAUCGCCUCUUUGAUCUUCCUAUUCAACCUCCUAAUCGGAACAAUCAUCGGAGCUCUUUUGGUUCACGAGUACACCACCAUACCAAUCAACUAUCCAUGGUUCUCCACCGACUCGGCCGAGUCGAUCCGAGUCGUCUGUUCCGUAACUCACCACUCUCACUCAUGCUUCACCACCAUAUCCUCCGCCCUCACCGCCACCACCAACAUCGACGAUGAAAACGAUUUCACCCCAAUCGAUCCACAAUUCAUCUUCACUCUCUCUCUCCGAUUCGCAAUCAUCGAUCUCGCCAAUCUCUCUUAUUCUAUCCCCAAAGCCCUAAUUUCGAAAUCCACCGAGUCGAGAACUGAGUUAGCGUUGCGCGAUUGCGCGAGUUUGUUCGAUAACGCACUGAGUCAACUCAACAGAUCAGCGUUGUUGAUGAGAAAGGUUGUCGCCGGAGAGGCGGUGUUGACGGAGGAGAGGAUCAAGAAGAUGAAGAAGUGGAUCGGCGGAGCGAUGAGUGAUCAGGAGAGGUGUUUGGAUGGCGUGAAGGAGAUGAUGGAAUCGACGGCUGGUGAUGAGGUGAGGAAGAAGGUGCAGGAGUCGAAGGUGUACGUGAGUAAUAGCUUAUCAAUCCUUUCGAAUUUGAAGAUGCUUAUCGACGGUGAUGG